AUGGGGCAAUUCAAGAGCUACAAGAUUCUGACUGUGGGGUUGGUCCUUCUGGUUUUGGUGUUCUAUCUCAUGAUGUGCUGGACUGAGCCCAUGAUCCCUUGGCUCCCACAACCUCAUCCUGCCUCUGAGCAUGUCUCCAUCAACUGGGACUCUUUCCUUCAAAACCUCACCAACCUAACCAGCCUUCUAUACUGGCCUCCAACUGGUGGAGACAAGGAUGACUUUUUGGCCUCUACCAGCCCCCAAACCUCUACCUACCACUUGAAGGGUCCUGCCCAGGCCACCUAUGCUCUGGGAAGACACCUAGAGGCCAUCCUUGUGGCUAGAGAUCACCGGGGUAGGCCCAAGGCUCAUGGUGGAGAUCUGUUUCGGGCACAGCUGCUGGGUCCCAACGUGAGAGCAGGAGUCCCAGGGGAGGUGAGGGACCUGGAGAACGGCACCUACCUCUUGUCCUUCCCCCUGCUCUGGGCUGGAUGGGCCCAGGUACAAGUGCGACUGAUCCACUCCAGCGAGGCAGUUGGGGCCCUGCAGAGAGUCUGGAGAGAAAAACGGGCCACUGUUGAUUUUAGAGGGUAUUUCCAAGGAAAGAAUGGUACUCAAGAGGUUGUUAUCUGCAACGUGGACCCCCAGUCAACAGGAACCAAAGGGCCUACCUGCCAGUACAGGGAUGUGGUUUCUGGGGAGACCUGGUUCUGUGCUCAACCCUCCACUAUGCCCUGUAAUGCUUUAGUGGGUCACUCAAGUGGACGUUACCUGAAUGUGACCACACCACAUGAGGAAGACCUGCUGGCUGGGAAAGUGACUGACCAGAAGCUCGCUUCGGGCAUACCUCCAAUCCUGGUCACACCAGCAGCCCCUGGGAACAGGAGUGAUGUGGCCUUGCCCUCAAGGCCCCCAUGCCGCCCUGGCCACCACUCUCCUAAACCCUCUGGCUUCUACUACCAGGACAGAUGGCACUCAACCUUCUGUUCCAGCCGCUCUUUCCCCACUGUGGACAGCAUCUUGACCUGCCUGGCUGGCCGCAUUGUCCACAUGAUGGGGGACUCCACCCUUCGGCAGUGGUGGGAGUAUCUGCGAGACACAGUGCCCUCCUUGAAGCCAGUUGAUCUACAUGUCACAUAUCAAGUAGGUCCCCUGAUGGCGGUGGAGACCACUUGGGGGAUAGUGUUGCACUGGAGGUCACACAGCUGGCCCCUGCGUUCUCACCGGACACCAGUGGCCUCCCUGCACUCUGUGGCCAGAGAACUCCACGGCCUGGCUGGAGGACCCUACACAGUGGUGGUGCUGAGCAUAGGAGCCCACUUUACCACUUUUCCUCCAUCCAUCUUUGCUCAAAGACUGGCAGGGAUUCGGGCAUCUGUGGAAGCCUUGCUGGACCGGGAACCCAGUACUCUGGUGAUUAUCAAACUGGCCAAUACUGGCUACAAAUCUGCGUAUGCCAGUGACUGGUUUAUGCUCCAGGUGAACCGCAUCCUCCAAGCUGCCUUUGCUGGUCUUCGAGUGGCCUUUGUGGACGCCUGGGAAAUGACCUCCAGCUUGGCUCUGCCAGACAACAUCCACCCAGGGAAGCUUAUUGUCCGCAAUGAAGUGGAGUUAUUUCUUUCCUUCGUCUGUCCCACCUGA